GCGUGGAGACUUCUCCGCCUUUCCCGAACCUCCCUUCCGAGUCUUCGCCCGAGCCCCGGCGGGGCGCGAACUGAAAGUGGGGAACUGCCGGGCUGCCCUCCGCCAGCGAGCCUCCUGCCCCAGGACGAGAAUUUUUUGAUGCCUUCUGGUUUGAAGAGAUCUCCAGCUGCUCUCAUGAUAGCCUAAGAAGACUGCAUGCUGUUUCUUCUCGAUGCCAAGCCGGGCACGCGCACAGCGUCGGAUCCCAGCCCUUCAUGGAGACCCGGUCCCAGCAGGAGCGACAGCAGAAGACAUGGACACCCAGAUGGCUCAUCCACAUGAAGUUGUCCUGGGCUGUGGGCCUUCUCGAGAACACCUGGUAGCCGUGCUAGCCCCCUGUCAGUCACCCAGGGCCGGGCAGCAUGGUGUGGAUUCAGAGGAGGAAGCUUUUGGCACCUUGCCUCUGCAUCACAGCCUCCGUCUUUCUCCUCAUCACACUCCAGGUAGUGGUUGAGCUGGGAAGAUUUGAAAGGAAGAAGUUUAAAAAUUCCAAUGUGCGAGAUGGACAAGCAAAGUUGGAGGAGGAGCCUACACAUCUCUAUCCACUCCCUGAGAACGAAGCGCUGAACUUGAAAAAGAAAUUGGAGACCGAUAACUACCCCAUCAUGCUCUGGUGGUCCCCACUGACUGGGGAAACCGGAAGGCUAGGCCAGUGCGGAGCAGAUGCGUGCUUCUUCACCAUCGACCGGACCUACCUACAUCAUCGCAUGACCAAAGCACUCCUCUUCUAUGGCACUGACUUUAACAUAGAUAGCUUACCUCUGCCUCGGAAAGCCCAUCAUGACUGGGCCCUUUUUCAUGAAGAGUCUCCAAAAAACAAUUACAAGCUCUUUCACAAGCCUGUCAUCACCUUGUUCAACUACACUGCCACCUUCAGCCGGCAUUCCCACUUGCCACUGACCACCCAGUACUUGGAGGGCAUAGAAGUCCUGAAGUCCCUCAGAUAUCUGGUCCCUUUGCGGUCCAAAAACAGCCUUCGAAGAAGACUUGCUCCGCUGGUGUACGUCCAGUCAGACUGUGACCCGCCAUCAGACAGGGACAGCUAUGUCCGAGAACUGAUGACUUACAUUGAGGUUGAUUCCUAUGGUGAGUGUUUACGAAACAAGGAUCUCCCUCCGCAGCUAAAAAAUCCAGGCUCUAUGGAUGCUGAUGGCUUUUAUAAGAUCAUCGCACAGUAUAAGUUUAUCCUUGCCUUCGAGAAUGCAGUGUGUGACGACUACAUCACUGAGAAGUUAUGGAGACCUCUGAAACUGGGGGUGGUCCCUGUGUAUUACGGGUCCCCCAGCAUUGCUGACUGGCUUCCAAGUAAUAGAAGUGCUAUUCUCGUGUCUGAAUUUGCUCACCCUAGAGAACUGGCAAGUUACAUCAGACAAUUGGAUCACGACGAUAGACUGUAUGAGGCCUACAUAGAAUGGAAGCUGAAGGGUGAGGUCUCCAAUCAGCGACUUCUCACUGCACUCAAGGAACGGAAAUGGGGAGUACAAGACGUCCAUCAGGACAACUACAUUGAUGCAUUUGAGUGUAUGGUGUGCAGCAAGGUGUGGGAUAAUAUCCGGCUUCAGGAGAAGGGCUUACCACCCAAAAGCUGGAAGGCGGAAGUUACCCACCUGAGCUGCCCGGAGCCCACGGUGUUUGCUUUCUCACCUCUGGCUCCACGUUGGAGCUCCUUGAGGAAGAUGUGGAUACCGAGCUUUCAACAGUCCAUGAAAGAAGCCCAGGCACUAAGGUGGCUGGUUGAUAGGAAUAAAAAUUUUUCAGCUCAAGACUUCUGGGCCCUAGUAUUCAAGGACUAAUUUCUACAAGUAUCAGAACGAUAGAGACUAGCGGGGCCCUCUGGAGGUUUAUUUUCGAGGUUGCCUUAAUACACGUAUACAGUUGCUGCCUUGUAGACCAUCCUUCAGGCUGAGGAUUAAUUGCUGGAGUACUCAGAAUGAGCCCUCUCAGAUAAUCAAUAUGAAUUACCCUUAGAGGUCACCUCUAUAUUUUUUAUACUAAAACAGUAAAUACUUCUUACGGACACUGGUCGCCUUCAGUUUCCGUGGCUGAUGUACCUGCCUCCUUCUGUGGACACUGAGCUAGUGGGGAGAGAGUGCUUUCCUCACCACAAGGGAGGCAGAGGGUGGAGCUGUGGAUUCUUGAUACUCACCUCACUGUCUGCAGCUUAUUAGUAUUUGGCAAGCCCGGUGUCCCGAUGCUAAGCAUGAACAAACGCACUAGAACUUGGCAAUGAGAGAUUCCAUCUGUUGGUUUCUGGGGAUGUGAGCGAGUAAUAAAAGCUGUGUAGAUUUUA